CUUAGUAUUAUACGUGCUAUGCUGGCAUUCAUGUGAAUUAGCUGAGAACCGCGUUCUCCAGGGUAAAAUAUCCCUGACGUUGCUGUUGCUGUCACGUAUGGCGUACAGUGAUGCCAACUGCCACCAAACACCUACCAUGAUUGUACGCGGUGUUUAAACGGUAUGUCGAUAUGCUCCGAACGGUUUCUGCAUUCCUUCGUCUCCAACCAUGGAUGAGAGUGCUACGGAUCCCACGGUCCUGUUCAAAGUGGAGGGACAAGUAGCAGUGGUUACCGGCGGCGGAACAGGCAUAGGACUCCACAUUGCAAAGGCACUGGAACAUAACGGUGCCACUGUCUACAUCAUCGGUAGGCGCUUGGGAGUCCUAGAGAAGGCCGCAUCAGAACACAAUAAAUACGGCAAGAUUAUACCGCUUCAGGGAGAUAUCACGUCGCGACAAUCGCUGCUUUCCACGGUUGAGACGAUCAAGGGUCGUCACGGCUACAUAGACCUUCUCGUCAACAAUGCGGGAAUAGCUAGGAAUCUGCUGCCUUCUCGAUUGCCUUCUCCUUUGGAUGAAAAUGCUGGAGAAGGAGAAAUGCCAUCCAUCAAAGCGUUCCAAGGCGUACUUUGGGAUACGGGGGACCCUGCAGGUUUCGCAGAGACAUUUGAGACCAACGUCACCGCAGUAUAUUACACGACGAUUGCGUUUCUUGAGUUAUUACACCUCGGUAACCUACGGCGAGGCGCAAUUCCACCUCUGCUGGCCGCUAGACGCACAUCGACGCAGCAGGCGGCUAACACCUCUCUUGGUACCUCAGUGCCAAGUUUGCCACAGGUGACAUCGCAGGUCGUUACGAUAUCAUCUUCGGGCUCAUUUCGAGUGGAUGCACGCGUUUUGACGGUUUCCUACACGCUCGCGAAGCAGGCUUGCACCCAUUUAGGAAGACUGCUGGCGAGUAUUCUCGCAGACUGGAAUAUCAGAAGCAAUGUUCUAUGUCCCGGAGUUUGGCCAAGCGAAAUGACCAAUACCGACCUAUUCACGCCUGCCAUGCUUGCGAAGGCGGUUCCCUUGGGAAGAGUCGGGACAUUGUCUGACAUGGCUGGUUGUAUGUUGUUCCUGGCCGGACCUGCUGGAGCAUAUGUGAAUGGUGCGGUGUGGCUUGUUGAUGGCGGGAGAAUUAAUGCCGUUGCCAGCUCCUAUAAUCCAUAAGGGGUUGGGAAGAGUUUUGUAUAAGAUCUAGGAGAUACUGCCGAAAGUGUUGAUACGAACACGUCCUCUGAGCUUCACGGCGAACCGUCGGGGUGGAUGACACUACCUAUUAGGGGCUGCUGCAAAUACAAUGCAUCGGCCUACGAUGGGUGGUAACCACAAUGCAUAGCAAAAAUACACG